CAGUUCCAAAUGCCUCAUCACUAAACAUAAGGGACGCGUCUAUAUGACUACCUUGCUUAUGUCGAGAAAAUUAAGGAUGGCGAGUUUCCUUAUGACUAACUUGCUCUUGCCUUGCUUCCUCUGUGCUUCACUCCUAUGUCUCUCUUCUUCCAUCCCCACUAGCUUCUCCAUACUUGGCGACAGUGAAAGCCUUCGAAAGUUCACUUCAGAGGAACAAGUCAAUGGACUUUUCCGACUGUGGCAGAAGCAACACCGACGGGUUUACCCAAACCCACGAGAAGAAGCAAAGAGAUUCCUGAUUUUCCAAAGCAAUUUGAAGCAUAUCAAUGAGAUCAAUGAAAAGAGAGUAUGUCCCUCGCAAUCUCGCCUGGGUCUGAACAAAUUUGCAGAUUUAAGCCCCGAGGAGUUCAAGGAAGUCUACUUGCAUAAUAUAAACAUGCCGGCCAACACUGUUAUGGCCAAGUUCAAGAAGGACGAUUCCUGUGAUCACAACGUGCCUGAUUCUCUGGAUUGGAGAAAAAAGAAGGCCGUCACUCCAGUCAAAGACCAAGGAGACUGUGAAAGCCAUUGGGCAUUCUCAGUGGUGGGAGCCAUAGAAGGAAUAAAUGCAAUACAUACAAACGAGCUGAUCGAACUUUCAGCUCAACAACUGGUGGACUGUGACCCAGCAAGCCAUGGGUGCGCGGGAGGAUUUUACUUCAAUGCAUUUGGUUGGGUUAUAGAUAAUGGCGGGAUAGAUACAGAAGCUGAUUAUCCUUACAUAGCUACAAACGGAACUUGCCAGAAUGGAACCAAAGCUGUGAGCAUCAGUGACCUGUCAAUUGUUGUAUCUGGCACAGACGACGCAGUCUUGUGCGCUGUUGCUCAGCAGCCUGCCACCACCAGUGUGAAUGCCGUCGAUUUCCAGUUUUACACCAGUGGAAUCUAUGGGGGUGAUAACUGCGACAAGAACUCGACUACAACAACAUUAGUGGUGCUGAUAGUAGGAUACGGAACAGAGAACGGGGAAGAUUACUGGAUAGUGAAGAACACGUGGGGAAAAGAUUGGGGAGAAGAUGGAUACAUAAGGAUAAAGAGGAACGCUGGGUGGCCUUAUGGGGUAUGUGGCAUUAAUUUUGCUGUUGGUUGCCCAACGCAAGGUGCUUCAUCAUCAUCUUCCACUUCCUUUGGUGGCGUCUUCCAGGCCUAGAUGAAUUAUUCCUGUGCUGCUGUAUCAUGUACUUCCAUAGUUAAGUUUCCUCUCUCGCGUAUAAUUAAAUAAUGGAUCGGCUCCAUGGUACGUGCUUGUGCUUGUGAGCAAUUAUGUGCUUCGCGUGUCGGUGGCGCUUAAACUUAAUAGUGAAUAAUUAUUGAUGUUGUGUCAUA